AUGUCUGCUUCACCUAAUGACUCCCGCACCAAACCUGAAGGGGGCGCCACUGCAGCGACCCUGACAGAAGAGGAAGCAAGCCGAAUGAGAAAUGCUACCAUCUUGGUAGUACGGCUCAGAGGCGUUGCAACUGAAGCUAUCAAGAAUAUGGUACUCGCUGGAAUUGGCAAACUCAUCAUCCUGGAUGGUGAAGAAGUGUCUGAACAAGAUUUGGGCGCUGGUUUCUUCUUUCGAGAUGAGGAUGUGGGAAAGAAGGCAUGUCCCCACAGACUGGAUGUUGCGAAGCCAAGAAUAGAGAGUCUUAAUCCCCUUGUGACUGUGGAGACUAUUGCGAGACGCGUACCCGCUGACAGCCCCGAAUUCGAGACCAUAAUUCAAAAUGUCGAUCUCGUGUGCGUUACGGAUGAAGCAAGGGACACUUUGAUAGGAAUCAAUAACCUCUGUCGUAAAUACGGCAAACCAUUCUACUCGGGAGGAACAUACGGGAUCUUUGGAUAUAUCUUUUGCGAUCUACUCGACCAUGAGUAUUUGGUCCCUGAUCGUUCAGUGUCGAAGGAUCAGCCAAAGACAGUCAAGGCGACUGUCAAGUACGCCCCUCUUCAGGUCGCUCUAACUCACAAAUGGUCCGGCCUCACGAGGAAGCAAACGAAAGCUCUCAAUCCCGGACUUGCGUUCUCGAUUCUUGCCCUAUGGCAAUUCCAAUCGGCACACAACAAUAUACUCCCAAGCAAUCCGGAGCAGGCUACGGUACUUGAAACCAUUGCCAAUGAAUUGAUAUCAAGCACCGAUGUCAACAAGCAAGUCCUUUCCAAAGUUCCUCAAAACCUUGUGGAAACACUUGCUACCACCGCGGAGCAUGAGUUCUCUCCUGUCUGUGCGAUCUUAGGCGGUAUGCUUGGUCAGGAUAUUCUCAAAGCUCUUGGCGGACGAGAGCCUCCAAUCGCUAAUUUCUUUGUUUUCGAUGGCAAUACUGGCAGUGGCACAGUUUGUCGUAUGAGUAUGGCAUAG